GUUUAUUUUAAUUGUUCCAAUGGAUGGCGCUGUUCUACAUGAAGGCGCGCUUUCACUACAGCGGUGGCUUGCCGUCUCACCCUCAGUCACAGUUAUUUGUAUGAGUUCUACAACAGGGAAGGGCAUGGUAGUAUGGACUGAAGUUUGAAAGGGUGACAGAGUGAGAUCUGUAGCGAUGGAGGAUUUCUGGGCCAUGGUCCUGGCAGGGCUGAAGGUGUGGGUCUGCCUCAUUGUGUCUCUUCUCAUGGUGCCUGCAAUGUUUGGCUUCUCCCUGGGCAUCUCCGAGACAUACAUGAAGAUCCUGGUCAAAAUCUUGGAGUGGGCCACGUUGAGGAUCCAAACAGUCAACAAAGAGCAGCGGAUAAUCCAAUCCUCCUCAUUCAAUAGCCUCGUCCAGAGGGAGGAUGGUUCUAUGGAGGAGGAGCUGAGGGGGUUAAGGCGCAGUCGCCCCAAACCACCAGUGGGGGGAGACUUCACCCUCAGCGACUGUUUCUACUUCUACAGACGAGGCAUUGAGGAUAUCGUAGAGGAUGAGGUGACCCAGCGGUUUUCGUCAGAGGAGCUGGUGUCGUGGAACCUGCUAACUCGGACCAACAUCGACUUCCAGUACAUCAGCCUCAAACUGACUAUGGUCUGGGGCCUGGGCGUGUUCAUACGCUACUGCAUCCUGACUCCGCUCAGGAUCAUGCUGGCGUCUAUAGGCCUGACCUGGCUGGUGAUAGGAACCACUGCUGUAGGAUUCCUCCCUAACUGGAGGCUCAAGUCCUGGCUGAGUGAGUGGGUCCAUGUGAUGUGCUACAGGAUCUGUGCUCGAGGCCUCUCCUGCACCAUCCACUACCACAACAAAGAAAACAGACCCAGAAAAGGAGGAAUCUGUGUGGCCAAUCACACCUCCCCGAUUGAUAUUGUCAUUCUCUGCAACGAUGGGUGUUACGCCAUGGUGGGCCAGUCACAUGGUGGUCUGAUGGGAGUGCUGCAGAGGGCCAUGGCGAGGUCCUGUCCUCACAUCUGGUUUGAGAGAGCUGAUAUGAAAGAUCGCCACCUAGUGACCAAAAGGUUGAGGGAUCACGUGAAUGACAAGACUAAGCUUCCUAUAUUGCUCUUUCCGGAAGGGACCUGUAUCAACAACACAUCUGUCAUGAUGUUCAAAAAGGGAAGUUUUGAAAUCGGAGGAACGAUAUACCCGGUAGCCAUCAAGUAUGACCCUCAGUUUGGGGAUGCGUUCUGGAACAGUGCCAAGUACAACAUGGUGAGCUACCUGCUCAGGAUGAUGACUAGUUGGGCUAUAGUCUGUAACGUCUGGUACCUGCCAGCCAUGCACCAACAGGAAGGGGAGGAUGCUGUCCAGUUUGCCAACAGAGUCAAGUCUGUCAUCGCACAUCAGGGGGGACUAGUGGACCUGUCCUGGGACGGAGGCCUAAAGAGGGCUAAGGUGAAGGACACGUAUAGAGAGGAGCAGCAGAAGAAGUACAGCAGCAUGGUGGUGGGUAGCGAGGAGGACCGCAGCGGUAACAGUGACUGACACCCUCCUCUAACCUGUGAAAAGGGCAGCUCGUUCUCGAGCAACCUACAUCGCGACCGCUGGAGACGGGAGUUUUACUUUGGCAGUGGUCGCGUCGCAUUUCGGUUUCUCCCAUGAUCACGCAGCGUGAAUACAUUUAGCUUUCACAGUGUACAGAAGGUGGGCGUAGGCCCAUCCAAAAGCUCUUAUCUGGGAGUUUGGAAAGGAGCUUGGCCAUCACUGCCUGAAUACUGCACUGCUGACGACCCCGGACUAGACUGCCAUCGAGUGAAUGAACCGUUUUAAAGUGCGUUGCGGACUGUAGAAUGUUAUAACUGAUUAGCCAAUUGCAUUACAAUUACUCUCGUCUACUGUGACAACACAGUGAAGCGGAACUGUAAAGGAGAUGAGGUGUCAGGUCCAAUAGCAUCCGUUUGGGAUUUUGAAUAGCUCUUUCUUGUUCUGCUAUAAAACACUGUUCUAAUUCUCUGCUGGAAAAUUACUAUAAAAUCCUGUGUUAAGACAUGAGAAUCAAUGGAUGACUUUGUGAAUAGUGCAAUUGUGACUGUAGAGACUUUUUGAUCCCAAACUUCUAAAUGUCAGUGUUAUGCGACGACUAUCUGAGGUUAUUUUAUUUUGUCUUCGUGUUUCCCCCCCCCCCCCCCCCCCCCCCCCCUUUUCGUUUAUGAUUGUAUGAGCUGCUGAAACGUUCAGAGCCAGUUGAUCAAUCCUGUCGAUCAAUCAUUACUGCUAAUCGUUUGGAAAUAAACAUGAGCCCACAGCUGUUCUCUCUUGCUUUAGUGGCGUGUUCAUUAGCAAGCUAAGCUACCAGAACAAGGUAGUCAGAAUCAGGAAAAACACUUGUCAGUUGACGCUUUGAAAUGAUUUGCUUACGGUACUGUUGACACGAGUCGUACAUAGGUUAUGAAAGGGAGCCAAACAGUACAAUAAUAACAAAAGGCGAUUGUUCGGUAGGCAAAGUGACAGGCAUGGAUUGCAGUUACACAGUCAUUCCCCUCAAAACAUAUAUUCUCCCUCUCCCUAUGUUGUUUCUAUGAUUCAUCACAGUAACAGGCAAGGAAGAGAACUUGGGGUGAUCAUAACGACUCGAUACGAUGGGAUUAUAUGGCACUAAGUAGAACGUGGUGUUGGGCAUCCCAUUCAUAGUGCUGUGUCUCUAAAGAAGGGUACAUGUUUGGGAUUUUUUCGAGCUCUUCUCGUUGGUUUGUUUCCCUGAGGUUUUGCCUUCGUCACUGCCUCCUUUCUUCUGUUGCGUGUUAGGAUCUCUGCUCGCACCUGGAAGAGUUGAACCAAUUUAAGUCAUUCAUAUUUCGGUAAAAAUGUAUGUUAACACUAGCAUAUAAGGUGCAGGAAAUUCCCUCUUCCUUACUAACUUACCGGGUGAGAAAGUGUCCAUGUUCUCUCCAUCUGGACCAGCACGGUGUUGACUGGUAUCCUGCUUUUAGAUUAAGCAAAUGUUAUUUAACUACGUGAAAACACACAGAACAACAUCUAACGUGUUGAUGUAUUGCAUCAGUUCAUGUAAAUGUACUGUAUAUUUGGCCUGUUAUUAACAAUGAUGACACUUACCCCCAAAAUGGUGCUAUUGUGCUCUUUCUUCCAUGCCUGGCUUUCCAGAUGCCUGUUAACAUCAGAUCAGAUCAGAUGUAAGUGUACUGUCGCUACCUUGCAGUCCAACCAAGGUGCACAAGUAAUUGAAGACAAACUGUGCGAGAGAAAUUCUAUCAUUGUCUGAGGGAAGAGCUUGACCAGUUGAAACAUUAAGGAGCCUGUUUAGUGCCUGACGUUCCUACGUCCUGCUGCAUAGUUCACAUGUAAGAGAGGGUACUAUCGGAUGGACGGUGAGAGGCAGCACUAAAACAGCUUUUGUUGACCAGCAAUAAAAUGCCUUCAGAUGAUAACAGCAAAGUUAUUGAAAUAGCCUAAAAUUAUGUGAUGCAUGAAUUCAUUGCAUUUUUUAUAUAUUUUUUUUUACUAUUGUUCUUAAUGUUAAUUGUAGCGGACACAUGGACAUGAAUACAGUAUGGUGUGUUUCAUGAGGAUGCAACAUUUGUUUUCAACCAAGAUGUCACUUUAAUUCAACAGAGUAAAGAUCAAUCCACCCACCUUCUUAAAUAGGAAUCAAAGUUCUUGACCGGUUUUGCCUCUUUCUUCACCCCAUCUGGUGUCCACGCUAUGGAUGUAUCUAUCCCCACAUCUACUCUACCCUCAGCUCCAGAAGAUAUAGGCAUCUCUGCUUCUUCUGCAACAACUACAUCUCACACGGCAAAAAACGACAAAAAUCUUACAAACACCUAACCGUAGGGACUUAGAAGCAGGGACUUAGGUAGCUUGUAUCCCCAGCCUGGCUUACAAAUUUGGGUGAACCUUGUCUCUCUAGCUCUGUUUGACCAAUAGAUGUGGUGGCUGUUUGGCAGUGGAGUUAACGGGUUUGUUGUUGUAUCCACGGCAACCGAGGCCUAAAUGACUGGAACCAGAGCCAUAUAUUUAGAAUUGUAUUCUAAAUGCAUAGCUCUGACUGGAACUACACAGGCUCAUUGCAGUGUGCCCUUUCUCCUGGAUGCACCUUACAGAUCACAUUUGGGGUAUUAAAGGCCCAGUGCAGUUAACAAUGUGAUUUUUCUGUGUUUUAGAUAUACUGUAAUUCCACCCUGAGGUUGGAAUAAUCUGUGAAAUUGUGAAAAUGAUGAUAAUUCCCUUUUAGUGUAAGAGCCUGACAUUUCUGGCUGUUUUGGUGGGAUAGAGUUUUUUGAUCUGCCUGGUGACAUCAAAAGGCAGAUCAUCACAGCUAGUUUUCAGUUUUCCCCUCCCCACUCAGACCACUCCCAGACAGUCCUAGCAAAAUUCUUGCUUGAGAAAUUGCUCUUGCGAAGAAACUAUUUUUGUUUCGUUUUGACUAUUUUAAUUGUUUUCAAUCACAGCAAGGUACCUAAUUGUGUCCCAGAAAUGAUUUGACAUUGAUAUAAAAAUGGCUGCAUUAAACCUUUAAUCUAAAUCGUGCUGUGUUUGAGGGGGAGAUGGAUGAUGUGGGGGGGGGGGGGGGGGGGGGGUAAUUAGGUUUACUUGAACAUGUUUUGUAGUGGUUAAGUGUAGUUUGUGAGUGUUCUGGUCCCAGUAUCGGCAACAGCUGUCAGAAACAAGAGUUUGUACGACUGUAAAGAGGACAACACUUUCAUUCAACUGUGCGAUAGUACAAAUACUAACUGUACUGUAUCUAAAUGUAACCACAAAUAAACAUAAACAUUUUACAGA